UUGACGGCGCAUCAUAGAUUUACACUCACUCCUUCCCCAUUUCAAAUCUUCGUCUCCAAUUCGCGCUCACAUAAACCCUACCCUCAAUUUCCAUUCGCAAUUUUUGUUGCUGCUGAGCACGGAAUCGGAGAUGAAAGUGAAGAUCUUGCAUGGCAUGCUAUUGCUUCUUGGACUUGGGAUGCACAGGACGAAACGUGUGGAAUUUGUAGGAUGGCCUUUGAUGGAUGUUGUCCUGACUGUAAACUUCCUGGAGAUGACUGCCCGCUGAUUUGGGGUGUAUGCAAUCAUGCGUUUCAUUUGCACUGUAUCCUGAAAUGGGUGCAUUCUCAGACAUCACAAGCGCAUUGCCCCAUGUGCCGUCGUGAAUGGCAGUUUAAAGGAUGAGAGCAUUUUUUUUUCCUUUAAGGGCGGCCACUGACCAAUGUAAAUCGGUCUAGUUGAAGACACUUCUUCUGCAGUUUUACCAUGCAUAUAAGAUGCACUGGCUUCUUAUUAGCUAUUGUACACUUCAAUAUAUUUUAUUGGUUCCGGUAAGGAGGUGAUCAAAUUCAAAGUUUCUGGAUGUGAAAUUUUGUUUUUGUCAUGUGAAUGACAUCCUCGUUUUUUUUCUUCUGAUAGUUUGCUGAUGUCUUACUGCUCAUAUUUUGCAUCGAUAGUAUGCUUCCGAAGCAUGACAAUGUAUGUAAUUGGCUUCACAAGAUUUACCUAAAUAAGGUUGCAUUAUUGAAGUUAUUAUUUUCUAAUGCAAAUUUUGUAAUGCAA